CAAUCGUAUGCCUACUACAAGACAGGAGACAUCAACUAUUGAUGAAGAAGUUCGUCAAUUGUUUCAAGGGCGGAAUGUGGUCGCUGAUCGUCCCGCUCAAAAUAAUUCCCCUGCAUUCAAUAUGCAAAGGAACUUUAUCAGAGCCGGAGCAGUUCCAGGGAUUUUAAAUAGAAGGGCCAGAUUUGAAAUAAUGGUGACACUCCACAACAAAUUAAUAAAGCCAAGUCUGGAGCGAGACCAAAAGAUGAAUGGACUGUUACUAAAUAAAAUUUUCAAGGACAAAACCGUGUACCUUCGUCCAUCUUUACAACUGCUGGUCGUUCCUGCAAAUGCAAAGAAGGACAGAGGUACUCUGUCAGAUGAUGAUGAUGAUAUUGAAAUAGAUUUGACUGAUUCCAGUCCACCAAUGAACAGCCUGAAUGUAACAGUUCUUCAGGUCAUUGAGGAUACUCCUUCAGAACUCAUAGAUGCUCCGUAUUCGACAGCAGGUUCAGAUGGGCCUCUUAUCAUAACAGAAGAAGGAAAUGCCACAGUUUCCAGGAUUGUCCAAGUGAAUGGCAGUAUGCUAUUUUAUUUGUUGAUGAAGAGCUCAGCAAAAGCUUUGAAGAUCCAAUACCCCUUUCCACUGGUAGUGAAACAUCCCACCAUGAACGAGACAUUGGGGAUAUUCUCUGUGAGCUGGCCUCCCAGAUUGAUACAGAAAAUGUUUCCCUGUUUAAUAUCAGCCGGAAUCACCUAUGGGAAGGAGCGAAACGAGGCUUUAAAAAAAACUCUUACCUUGCAGAAGAGUUUGGGUGAAAUUUAUGGACAAUAUAGGAGGGAGCGAAGGAGCCGUCGACCUCGGAGGGCCAAGGAGAGUUUUUUUAACCAUGCUAAUGGAGUCCUUGCACCAAGGAGGCCUCUUUGUGGGACCAGACCAUGCCAAGUUCCUAGACUACAUUAGUGGAUGUAAUGAAUCCAUGCUUUUUUAAUUCUUUAUCAUUAAGUUUUCAGUCUGUCUAAAUCUAACAUUCUUUAUUUCAGUGAUGGUCUCGGAUGACUAUUUUUAUGCGGGUAUGACUAUUGCAACAUCACUGGUUCAUGGAGGACCUGUCAUCAGUACUUUUGGAGGCGCUUUCAAGUACACCCGAGUCCACAUUUGUGGCAGUGCAAGAUAUCCCUGAUAUGGACAUAAGGAACUAUCUGGAGAAGCUUCUAACUUACCAGGAAGAACAUUCAAACACAGCAAACUUAUUUGAACCAAUCCAAACUCUGAUGCAGCUGGCUGGAACACACAAAGUUAUCCGUAAUGCUGAUGAUUAUCGCAAGAUUGCUGAAGAAACUGCACAUUGGUACAUUUUUGGAAGAAAAUGGGCAGCAUUUGAGAGAUUAAAGGAAAGGCUGAAAACUCUAGGUGUACUGGACGCUAUGACCAAGUAUCCCAAUGCAUUCAAGCAUGUCAUGUGCUUCACAGAAGACACCCUCACAGCCAAGACAUUUGAUAAUAUCUUCCGCCGUGUUCUACACCCAUUGGGCUCCAAUAAAAGGGGAACAGAAAAUCUUCUAUUGUCUCUCUGGAAAGACUUUAUACAAGAACUACAAGACAAGCCAUCAGAUGUCACUGCUAUUCUUUAUUACUGGUUGCAAGACCGUACCACCACUGGGAUUCAGACCAGAACCCACUGUAGAUUUUUUACAUGAUGCUGAGGACAAUGGAGAGAAAUCAAGAUCUCCAAAGGCAAUUACAUGCAACUCUACGCUGUUUUUGCCAACUGUACAUGUAGUUUAUGAAGAAUUCACUGAAGCCAUGAGAUAUGCUGUUCUAAAUGGUCAGGGCUUUGGCUUUGCAUAGUCAACUAUUGAUCUUCUGAUGUGAUCGAUGGUAGGGAUGCUCCAGAUAAAACCAAAGAAAGGAAAAAUCAAAAAAAAGGAAAAAAAUAAAAAUAUACAGUAUUCUUGGGAUUUCUUGUUUUUCCUGGUCCUGGGGAGAUCCGUGUGUUCUGUUUUAAUUGCACCCUUCAUUUAACAAAUACUUUACCUAAUUUGAGCUUUUUCUUUUCUUUGGAGCUCUUAAAGUUAAUUUGAAGUUACAGGUAUAGAAAAGAAUUGUGAAACACUGCUUUAACCAAUUCAUCAGUUUCAAACAACAAACACUAAAUGGGCAAGUGAUUUGAUCACUUAUUAUUUCCAUGGCAAAUGCAAAUUUAUUUGUAUUAAAUGUUAUUUGUAUUAAAUAUAUUUGGCUCAGCACUACUUUUUAUUAUUAGUCAUAACACAAAAUUGAAUUUUUAAUAAUGGUUUUGAAAAAAAAAAACUGACAAGCAAGGGUGUGCUCUAAAUUACUUAAGUGGGCCAAUUAUGUAUUUAUUUAUUUAUUGAUAUUCAUAUAGCGCUUUUAUCACAGUGCUUUAUAAAGUUUAACAGAAGAGAACAGAAGAGAAA